AAUGGACUGGGGACCCCUCCACCCGACCCCUUCCCUGUGCUUCUUAAAGGGAUCACAGCGUUUUUCCUUUGACUCCAUGGAAGCCAGACUUGGGACGCUCUGUGGAGACUUUGAAUCUUUGCUUCCCGCUUCCCUCCCAGCUGGCAGCCUUCCUCUGGCUGACUGAGUGGGGGCCUCUCAGGCAUGGCACUGACCAGCCGACCCAGUGCUGACUUGGCUCCUGGGCUCAAUCAGCCUCUGGUGGCAUCUUGCUUUCCCCCUGCUGGGGCACGGUGGUGGUGAGUGGGGGGCCCAGUCCUGAGCAAGCUUGGAGAGUGUCACUGGCGCCCCCAUCGCCCUUUCCCCCCAAGCUGGAGGACAGUGAGGUUGUCAGGGGCUAUGAUGAGAUGAGCGGGGGCCGCUUUGAUUUUGACGAUGGCGGGGCGUACUGUGGGGGCUGGGAGAACGGAAAGGCCCACGGGCAUGGACUGUGCACGGGCCCCAAGGGCCAGGGCGAAUACUCAGGCUCCUGGAACUUUGGCUUUGAAGUGGCGGGCGUCUACACCUGGCCCAGCGGAAACACCUUCGAGGGAUACUGGAGCCAGGGCAAACGGCAUGGGCUGGGCAUAGAGACCAAGGGACGCUGGCUCUACAAGGGCGAGUGGACACACGGCUUCAAGGGGCGCUAUGGGACCCGGCAGAGCAGCAGCAGCGGUGCCAAGUAUGAGGGCACUUGGAACAAUGGCCUGCAAGAUGGCUAUGGCACCGAGACCUAUGCCGACGGAGGGACGUACCAAGGCCAGUUCACGAACGGCAUGCGCCACGGCUACGGGGUGCGCCAGAGUGUGCCCUACGGGAUGGCCGUGGUGGUGCGCUCGCCGCUGCGCACGUCGCUCUCGUCCCUACGCAGCGAGCACAGCAACGGCACAGUGGACGACGCCGCGCCCUUCGAGGCCGACAUCGACGCCACCACCACCGAGACCUACAUGGGCGAGUGGAAGAACGACAAGCGCUCGGGCUUCGGCGUCAGCGAGCGCUCCAGCGGCCUCCGCUAUGAGGGCGAGUGGCUGGACAACCUGCGCCACGGUUACGGCUGCACCACGCUGCCCGACGGCCACCGCGAAGAGGGCAAAUACCGCCACAACGUGCUGGUCAAAGGCACCAAGCGCCGCGUGCUGCCACUCAAGAGCAGCAAGGUCCGCCAGAAGGUGGAGCACAGUAUGGAGGGCGCCCAGCGCGCCGCCGCCAUAGCGCGCCAGAAGGCAGAGAUCGCCGCCUCCAGGACAAGCCAUGCCAAGGCCAAAGCUGAGGCCGCAGAACAGGCUGCCCUGGCCGCCAACCAAGAGUCCAACAUUGCCCGCACUUUGGCCAGGGAACUGGCUCCAGACUUCUACCAGCCAGGUCCGGAAUACCAGAAGCGCCGGCUGCUCCAGGAGAUCCUGGAGAACUCGGAGAGCCUGCUGGCGCCCCCCGACCGGGGCCCUGGCGCCGCCGGCCUGCAGCUCAUCGAGGCGCUGCAGGCGCCGCCCGCGCCGCCGCAGGAGCCGGAGGUGGCGCUGUACCGGGGCUACCACAGCUACGCCGUGCGCACCGGGCCGCCCGCGCCGCCGCCCUUCGAGGAUGAGCCCGAGCCAGAGGCCUCCGGAUCCGACUCCGCGCCGCCGUCUCCGGCCGCCGCCCCACUGGAGGCCCCCGCGCUACAGGUCCCCGAGCCCGCGCCGGAGACUCCCGCCAAGCUGGAGCCCAAGCCCAUCAUCCCCAAAGCCGAGCCCAAGGCCAAGGCCCGCAAGACUGAGGCCCGGGGGCUGACCAAGGGCGGGGCCAAGAGGAAGGGUCGGAAGGAGGCAGCGCUGGUGGCCGAGGCCGAGGUGGAGGUGGAGGUGGAGGAGGUUCCCAACACCAUCCUCAUCUGCAUGGUGAUCCUGCUUAACAUUGGCCUGGCCAUCCUCUUUGUUCACCUCCUGACCUGACCCUCGUCUACCAGAGCCAGGAGGUCCUGCUGAGGAGGAGAAGAACCAUCUCUCUACAGUGCCAGGCAGGGUGGCCAUGGAGCACUGGCCUCUGGACCUGGAGCCCGGAUUCCAGCUCACGUACACACUGCAAACUUUUAAGGCCUCCGGCGGUGCCAUGCUGAGCGGUGGAGGUUCCCAGAGGAAUAGAAUGUGCUGGAAACCCUCCUAGAGCUCUCCAUCUGGGGCAGGGAAAGCCCCGAUCUGCUCCUGUCCCCAUCCUUACCCACUCCCUCUCCUGCCUCUAGGUCACCCCCUCCCUGGGCUUGUGUGUGUUUUGGGAGAAGUCACCAAACCAGAAUAUUAAUAUUAAAUCCCAGCCCCCUUCCUGCUACCCCUCCCCUGCUUUAUUCUAACCUCUGGCUGCUGGGCUGAGGCCUCCCAAGCGAGCAAAGGGAGUGACCCAUCCCUGUGCUGAGCAGUGAGGGAGACACUCUCAGACAGAGCCGAGGCUCUUCCUUUCCCGGUCUUGACCCAGCACACACUCUGUCCCCUGCUUACAGAUGUUCUGAAUGACAGUAGAGGAAAUGGACAGGCUCGGUUUGGGUAUGCUCCCACUGGUCCAGUCAGCUUCCCUUCUGGACCAAUAGAAG